CGCACUCGCCUUCGACUGCAUACUCCUAGACCCCUCGACGUACUGCGAGAGUCUCGCCAGCGAAGGAGAUCGACUGGCAGCCGCCGUUGCAAGCAAUCACUACACCUUCCUUUUCCAGUAUCGCUCUCGGAUCGAGAUUCAGACGACGCGCAUCCGGCGGCAGAGUCGCCACAGACCGUUACGGCAGCGUCUCUCUCGAACGACGCACAUGGAUCGUAAUAACUUCAACGUACUCGAGUCGCUCCCGGUCGAAUUGAUUGCGGACAUCCUGGGCGAGCUCGACCUAUCAUCACUCGUUACCACGACCUACGUCUCGAACCGCCUGCGGGCGAUUUCCUCUGAGCCCUCCCUGAACCCGUGGCGCCGCCCCAUCCGACGCACGCUCCACAAUCCGGACCAGGAGUACGACCCUGCGCUCCGCCACCUGAGUGUGCGCUCGACGGUGCCGCGCAAUAACUUUGUGGAGAUCCUGAGCAUUGCGCGGGCCAAUUACCUGCUGCUUGAGGCGUCCCUGCCUCAUUUGAAGGACAUUGAAUGGGAGGAAUGCUUCAGGAGGAGGUUUUUGCCGUCGUGGGCGAAAAUCAAGAAGGAAGGCGCGACGUGGAAAGAGGCAUUCAUGAAGGUUCUCUACCGCGUCUGGCACCGCACGAGUUCUGCAUGCACCCAUGAUGAAGCUUGGACAGACUACCUUGUGCUGAACAGAAAUGGAACGGCCAAUCAGCUUAAUGGCACAUCGCGAGGUUUCGACCCGCUAGCUAUUUUCGAACAGAUGAGGAUACAAAACGAUCUGAUGCAGUUCCAGCCCCGCAUAAGGGUCGUCGUCGAAUUCCCGGAUGUCCGAAUCUUGGCGAUUGGCGUCCUGAACAAGCCGCGGACAGCAUUCGGUGUCAACCAUCUCGCCAAGGCGCUCCUCCACCCUCCAGGGAUGGACGGAGACACCGCAGCGAAAUUGACGAAUCUCGACAUAUCGUCCUCCGACGAAUCGGACGGUGAACACGACCACAUCAUCAAUAUACCACUCAGCACAGGGGCUAGCAGCGGAGCGCGGAUAAACGAAACGUACCGCCGUCUAAGCCACCCGUUGCCCGCUCCAGCUUACGAGAACUACCCAUUCUUCACCCCGAGUGGCGAAGAUCUGCGGUGGCUCGCAGAUGGGGACAUAGAAGAAAGCGGGAUGCAAUGGAUGUGGAGCAUGAUGCUCGUCGCUCAGCUGAUCGGUCAGAAUACGAAGCCACCGUUCGGCGCAUCGCCGCUUCUAGACCUAGAACUAGUAGACGGGCUGAGCAGAAGUCACUAUGCGUCCCUGACAUUUGAAGACUUGAAGACGAUCGCGCCCUGGAUCGAACCUACAAAGUGGAUAGAAGGGGCCGGGCUCGGACAUGACGAGUAGGAAGCCGGGGGGACUGCGAAGGCAACUGCCUUGUAUUUGGUUGACGACUUGUAAGCGGAUCUUUGUACUCCUACGCCUCGGCUGCUGUAUCUUCGACUAGAAAUCUGUUCCGCGUGUAUUGAUGCAUAUAUCAGUUCUACCUAGGCCUACUGAGAUCGCCACUCACGCGGGAGCAGAGUCGGCGAU